GGCAGUGCGGGGGUGGCAGUGGUGGUGGGGGGAGUGGGGUGUGUGCUACGGUAGCCUUCGUGGAUAUAUGCUCGGCGGCCAAAGCUCACAAAGCGGACAACCGCCUGGACGACCGGUGCCUCAAGACGACGUACCACGAGGCCUCCUCUCUGGCGGCCCUGUCUUCGCCCCACUACACCCCGUCCGUACACCUGCACCGGGAACCAUCCAACCAUCCCUACACUUCGCCCCAGACGCCGACAUCCAACUCCUCCAACCCGCCCCUGGCGGCCCGCAGUCCUAGGUACCACGGGUUGUCAGAGGAACACAGUGGGUACGAUCGUUCUAGUCAUUUUUAUGAUGGUAGGAGAGAUGAGGGGCUCAGCUACAAUGGCCCCAGUGUCGGUCCACCUGGAAUACGCCGUGCAUACCCGAAUGAGCGUGACCCAGACUUUGCCAACAGAGGUCGGUUGCGAAUGUAUCCCAGGUCUUACGGUAGUGGUAGAACAGAACAGGGUGACUAUCGAUGGAGUGGGAACCCUCCGUAUCGGUACGCCCCACAAGAUAUGUAUGUUGAAGAGAAGGUAGUGAGACGAGUAGGGGUAUCUUCUGCUCCCAUCUCCCCACCUCUUUCUCGUACUGCCGUCUCCCGAGGCGGGAGGAUAGCCACCGGUCCAAAGAGUCGAUCGAGAUCGGACUCUGAAUCCAAAUCCUCCAGCAGAAGUAGAAGCAGGAGCAGUAGUAGUAGCAGCAGCAGCAGCAGCAGUAGAAGUUCUACCUCCAGCAGUUCGAGAUCCCCGUCACCCAGGAAAGUGAUAGGAAGUACGAAUACUGGACUGCUUACUCCGGUGGGAGGGAUGGGCUCUCCACAAGAAGAGAAAAGACCUUUAGCCAUAUGUGUACGAAAUCUUCCUCCAUGGUCCACAGAAACUUCGUUACGAGAAGGGCUGUUCCAUGACUACAAGAAACAUGGAAAGGUAAUGGCUGUACGCUUGCUUGGCUCUGGCAAUGAUCGCUUUGCUGUUGUCUGCUUUAAGAAGCCAGAAGAUGCUGAGAAGGCACUCGACGCCUCACGAGAAAAGCUUUUUUUUGGUGUUAAGAUCCAGGUUGCUCCUCACGAGGGUGUGGAAUUGGACGAAAGUGAGUGUCGAGCCUAUGACGUGGAAGUAGAUGAGUAUCACCCGAGGGCCACACGCACACUCUUCAUAGGCAACUUGGAGAAGGAUGUUACAAUAGAUGAUCUCAAGAAGCACUUCGAGCAGUUUGGGGAUAUUAUAGAAAUUGACAUCAAGAAACAGAAUGUUUCCACAUUUGCCUUCUGCCAGUACUCGGAUAUACGGUCUGUUGUGCGGGCAAUGAGGCAGAUGGACGGAGAGCAUCUUGGGGCUAACCGCAUUAAACUUGGGUUUGGAAAAUCCAUGCCGACCCGCUGUGUUUGGAUAGACGGUGUUCCUGAAACCCUAACAGAGCAACAGUUAUAUGAACAGUUUUCCCGGUAUGGCCCUGUUGUCCAAACGAUCAUUGAUAAGGAGAAAGGCCACGCGCUCAUAACUUACGAUAAUGAAAAAUAUGCAUCAAAUGCUGUGAUGGAAAUGAGGGGGAGAGUUUUGAAUGGAAGAAAGCUGCAGAUAGAUUUUGCCUCGAGGGAAUGCCAGGCUGCCUUUUAUGAGAACCUUUCGAAGCAAGGCCAUCCUUUGCCAGCUGAUAGGCCUUGGGAACGCAGCAGAGAAAUUGAGAAGGACACAGGGCGAUAUGAAAGUACGACCAACAGGUACAGCCGGUAUGACAGAAGUAGAAGGGAAGGGGUCUUUUCUUCUAGAGCCACCGCAAAUAGUCGUACUGCCACUUACAGCUCUACGGGUAAUAGAUCGCGUGGCAGAUAUGAUAACUACGAUGAAUUUGCUCCGGGAAGGAGCUACGACGAAUAUAGUCAGGGAAGUGGAGCCUCCUACGAAGAUUCAUAUGAGCGUGAGCUUCGUGAAUAUGCUGGUAGUCAACGUUUUGUGGAUGGGGUUGGCAAUGGAGGUGUUACCAGCACUGGGGCAAGUGGAAGUAGAAGGCAUAGCUUCAGUCCUGCCCGUCGGCGGGAGGAGCGUUCCCCAGCAUCACCACGAACGCAUUCCAGAGAUCGUAGUAGCGUAAGCCCUCCCCCUCGAGGCCCUUAUGAGGAUGGAGAGUCGGGCAGCAGGCGCACUGCCCGACGUUCCACCAGUGACCAUGAAAGUUACAGCCAGUCGCCUCCGGGAUCACGUACCGCUUCCCCUCCGCCUCCGCCUCGUCCAAGUAAAUCAAGUUCUGGGGUAUCCUCACGUUUGGCACCACCUCCAAGGUCGCCUGGAACUCCAGUGACGGCAUCACCCUCUCGCGAAGUAACGUUACUAGACGAUCGUUCGUUACCUGACCCCAGGGAUUAUCGAAGACGUACGAAUGACCUCAAGGACCUCGUGGUACGAGUUAGUGAUGUGAGAAGACCGCCGCCUGCACCUCCGGAAACAGUACACAGAACCACUGGAAGGUUUCAUCGUUCAUCUCACAAUACUGAUGACGGCGAGGAUGUUGUUAGCAGUAGCAGUGGCGGUGCAGGCGGUGGUCCUCAAGAUCCAAGGCUUUUGCAUCGGCGAGUUCCUGACGAUCCUCUUUCAUCAGGAGAUGAACACUUACCGGAUGCGGAACGAUUGACCAAGAAGCCCAGAUACAGUGACGUAAAUUAUGAGAAGCCUAACUGUGUGAAGCGUGUGGCUGAUAGCAGUGAUUCGAUGCUUAAUUUUCGACGGCCGCGUGACUCGCGAAGGGACAGUAGGGUCAAUAGGCGUAUUGGAGGCGAUCCCUUGCCUCCAUCACAACGGCAUCCUGAGGAAGUUCUUCUGCAGGAUCCUCGGUACCGCAGGUUGUCUCUGCCAGAGAAUGAUGAUGUUCACUGGCACAGAGACACUACGGGAAUUCACGUGUCUUCCUCUUGUGAUGCAGCUGCCGAUCACAGUGAUACCAGCCCUCCCGGUACGCCCGUCCGUGAUGAAAGAGAUGACUCGACUGAUCCUCCUCAUCACACGUUGCAUCACCAACACCAACACCAUCAUCAGCCUCACCAUCACAGAGACAGAUACCACAGUGUCCCAUUGUCAUUACCUCUGCCAAGAUUUGCGCAGCAAGUACGUUUGGCUCACACGUCGCCUCGUGCAGCUUCGACAUCACCAAAGGGAAGUAGCAAUUUGUUACGUUCUCCUCCCUUCACUGGUGGGAGCAAUAAUACCAGCACUGUAAAGACUGAUCCUAAGGAUCUUGGCAGUAUAAUUUUAGAUACACCUUUGUCCCCUGGCCCAAGGGAAAGUACAUCAGACUCCGAGGAAUCGCCUUUGCAGUCGCCGUGCAGUCCUUCUAUGGAUCUGGAGCAAAGAAUCAGAGCUUUAGAUGAAAAGUAUGAAAAGUGGUCGGGCUCUUCAAGGGUCAUUGCUCCAGGUUUACCGUCUACUAGUAAUGAAAUAGUAAAUGAGAAUAGUAGCAGUUCAGUUGGGAGUGUGGGGAAAAAUGCUCGGUUACCUAGAAUACUUGAUCCCGAUGAGUUGCGGUCACAGCCGUCCGAUAUUUUAAAGACUUUGCUUUCAAAGAAAUCUGUCUUUGACGAAGACAGUAAGCGUUUGGAAAAUGUGGGUGAUAAGUAUGAACCAAAGCCCUUUACUGCAGCUCCACGCACAAGUAAAUCUGUUAACCUGCUACCAAGUCCACCCCUGGUCAGUGUUGCCGUUUCUCGGCAAACUGCUCCUCUACCAGCCGUGCCCUCGGCAACACCAAUCAGUAGCCUGCCUGGUUUCAGGCUGUCAAGUCAGCAAGGUCAGCAGCCUGUUACUUCAAGUCCUUCACAAGUUCCUAGGGUGUGUGUAUCUGUGCCACAGGUGAGCAAGUCUCAGGGAUCCUCUCCAUUGCACCAAUCUGUGGUUUCUCAGGCACUACGCUCACCACCUGCCAGUAGUCCUGGUCUCAGUCCUGGUGUUGGAAGUCCAGCCCAUCCUCCACCUCCUCCUCUGCCCCCUCCACUACCACCUGCUGCUGCACCACCUCCCUCUCCCCAUUCAUCACCAGUGACACCUCAAAGCCCGGCAUCCUGCCUCGGCAGCAGUACUACCACAAUCACCACCACUACCACCACCACCACCGCAAGUACUACCUCAUCUGUGACAUCACUAAGACGGACCCCAACACAGCCCCGUUCGUUGGGCUCGGACGCGUUGGUCUGCCGUGUUGGGGAAGAGGGCGACACCUCAGGGACUGGAGUGGUUACGGUGGUUGCAGACACUCGAGUUACCGGAGUUGUGUCUGUCACGCAGACUGUGUCGAGCAGCAAAUCUGUGUUGAGCACCACCACUAGCCUAAUAAAACCAUUGUCCAGCCCAACUACACAGUCAGUGAUAGGGGAUGCUUCUUACAAUGUACCUGAGAGGAGUAGCAGUGAUGCUUUCCCAUUAGAAAUAAAGGAAGAACCCUGUCCAGACGAGCUGAUCGCUGGAUCCCCACACCAGAGAGUGAAAAGCGAUCGCGAUCCUUUGGGGUUGGAAGAUAUUAAAACCAAAGACUGCUCUCUUGAGAUGAAGGAGUGUAAGGAGGUCAUGGAUUUCUCAGUUUCGGAACACAUCAAUGCCCGACUAAAAGUGGAACCAAUUGACUUAGAAGAUGUUAAAUCAGAAGCAUUCAAAGUUGAAUCUGUGAAACCUGACAUUAAAUUGGAAUCGUACGUAAAACUGGAAACUUUGAAGGAUGAACCUAUGAACAAGGAAAUUACUAAUAAUCAUAAAAGAAGGCACAGUAGCAUUGACUUUGAUUGCCAGGGGAAGAUUGACGGUAAAGUGAUAGAACCAGAAAUGAAACGCUUAAAGCAGGACUUGGAGGAAGAGAGGAUGCACGAAAAAGCCACCAGUAAGGAGCGAAGAGACUCGCGCGAUGCGAGAGAUUCCAAGAAGAGCGAAUCCCGCGAUAAGAAGACCCGGGGCCGACGUGAGGAGGUCAAAGAGAUUGAGAACGAGAAAGUUUGUGGUCGAACGUAUGACACGCUCGACUCCAAACAGAAGAGAAAGAUGUAUGACAAAGUUGAUGACCGGAAAGAGGACAGCCAUAAAAAGGAAGAGAAGAAGGAGAAAAGAAGAGAGAAGCUGGAAGAUAAACCUCCGGACAAAUUGGUCCAAAGGGACAAAGCCCACGAGGCCAAAGGUGACGUUAGGGGGUCUGACAAGGUCACCGAAAGAACUGUGGAAGAUAAAAAGGAGGAGAAGAAGGAGGAGCGCAAGGAAGAGGAAAAGAAGGAUGAGAAGAGGGAAGAGAGGAAGGAGAACCUAAGUGACGAGAGAGUCAAGAGUGAGAGCGAGAGGCGGAGGCACAGCGACGACAAAAGGAUAGAAACCAGAGACCAGAAACAUAAAGAAAAGAGGGAUAAAGUAAAAGACAGAGAGAGGCUCAAGGGUCUGUCAGGCUCAUCAAAACAUGAAAAAGAUUUAGGAAAGGAGAGGAAAGAUAGAGACAAAGACAAAGAGAAGGAGAGGGAGAAGAUGGCAGAAAAGGAAAGAGGAAAGAACCACGAAAUGGAGAGGGAAGUCUGUUUUGAAAUGAAUGAGAAGGAGAGAGAAAAGCCGGCCGACAAAGAAAAAGACAAGGUGGUGGAGAAAGACCGCAAUAAAGUCUCUGAGAAACAGGUGGAUAAGGAAAGGAUAGAGAAGGACAGGGAGCGGCUUAAGUUCAAUGACAAGUGCAGGGACAGAGUUAUCAGACUGAUUCAUCAGGAUCACGCGGAAAGAAUCGACGGAAAGAAAGACCAGCGGCACUUGAACGACCAUCGUAACAAUGACAGGAGGAGAGAUUCUCGCCAGGAACUGCGUCAUUACCAUCACAGGUCAUACGAGGGAUCCGAUAACAUAGACGCCUCAAAAGCGAAGAGCCGCAAAACCCAUUCCCUAGAUGUGGUGGAGGACUGUGACUUGGUUGAGCAGAAUAAAAUAAGUUCAUCUCAGUAUAUGAAUAGUGAUGAUGGCCUGACAAAUCAUGAUUCUUCCUCCUUGCCAGGAAUGAAUGAGGUUCACGACAUGGGUAAAGUUGACAUUUCUCAUGAGGUGGAGGACAGGAGAGUCGACAGAGUUCGUGACCCUCGGCGCAGGAAACACGACUCUGGUAAGAGCGACAAGAGCGACGGAGAAUUGAGAUUAAAAGGAAACAGCAGUCGCAAUAAAUAUUCACCCUCUCAUUCCUCCCGCAUGAAGGGCAGAACAGAUUCCCAUGAACAGCAGUCUGCAACAAGUGACAUUCCAACUUCAGAUGAUGAAGUCUCGCAGCCCAAGGGAGGUUCUUUGACUGUCAGAAGAAAUAGCUCUAGCAAUAAACAUCAUCAGCAGCCGUCACAACAGAUGAGAAUAUCAAAGAAUAAGCACACCACCAGUAAUAAAAGUAAGUCUAUAUUUGAUCCUGAGAGUGACUCUGGUGACAGUAUGAUCAUCUCUGGCGGAGAGGGUGAUGAUGGAGGAGACGAAGCACCGAAAAAGCAUUCUAUAUUUGACAUCCCGGCCGACGACGGCAUGUUCGACAUGUACGACAAAGUGAAGGCGAGGCGAUUUAAACUGCAACAGAAACAAGAAGAAGAAAGGAAGCAGCAGGAAAUAAAGCAGUCACAACUUCAGAAGUUCCGUCAGCUCAAGGUCAGAAAGGAAAAGAAAGUGACUGCAGCUAUUUCAGAUAUUUCAGACACUGAAGAGGAGGAGGAUCAUAGCAGUCAUGGACAUAAGAGGAGUCAUAUUCAACACACGAGCUCUGAAGAUGACCCUGUGCGGAAGCGAAGGACCACGCAGUUGUCGGCCGACGACACAGACGAUGACCUGUAUCUCAGACAAGACAAGAGGAAGUUAUCGUCUUCACAAGCAAGCCAUAAGAAGGAGCUGAAACAUAAAAUCAAGAGUGUAAUAGUGUCAGACGUAACAACAGAUGAUGACAUACCCAAUUUGCCGAGGUACCCCUCAAACUUGAAACCAUCCAGAGUUUCAGAUGUUACAGAAUCAAAUGACAGUGUCAGAGGAUGUGAAGACAACAUCUAUACUGAUUCAGAUGCAGAAAAUGAAGUUCCAUGUCCUCGACGGCCAAAUAAAUGCUUGAAACAGCUGGAGUCUGAUAGUGACAUAUCAGACAUCCAGUCUCGUGCAAAGCCACCCAAACCAGCUGCAAGAGUCAAAGUUCACGACAAGGUUAGGAAAGGAUGUCGCGUGAGAGAGAAGACCAAGACAGUCAGCAAAGAAAUGAUAACUACAUCAGAAGAAAGUGAUGCUGCUCACACAUCGGAAGAUGCUCGGCCUCAUAGGUUAAGGGGAAAUCUGACCAGAUUGAAAUGCGGCAAGAGAAAGCUGUGUUGCAACCGCAAAGAGAGAGGAAACACGGGUGAAAGUAGCACAAGAGAAAAAGUAUCCUCUAAGAGAGACGAAAGGAUGGAGGCUAUAUUUGGUUUGAUAUCUGAUGAUUCUGACCCAACGCCUCCACUACCUAGAGGACGUCCUGCUUCGGCUACAGCAAGAAGAAAAGGAUCCACUUCGUCGGGUGCUUCUACUGCCCCACCUCCAUUGUCUCCUGCACCUGCCAGGAUCAGCGUGCGUGAAGUUUAUGAUUCUGAUUCUGACGAUACAGGAUUGUCGCCAGCUAGUCCUACCAGACGUGAUCCACUGUGGUUAGAAUCUAAACCUGAAGUGAAGGUGGAUUCAAGAAAUAAGAUUGAUUGUAGGAGUGAUGACAGGCGCAACAUGAAGAGGGAUCGCACUCGUCACGAUCAGCUUCCACCUCCAGAUGUCCGGCCUUCCCUGGAAGUUAUGAAAGUUAAUGCUGGCACCCUCUCAAGCAAUGCUAAGAUGACAAGCCCAUCUGAAUGUGUCAGUCAAAAUGAAAUUAUACAACAUUCAAACAGAAAAGAUGCUGAAAGCAGAGAAUCACUUACCAUGCACGUGGAUCCCCAUGACUGCACCGAUGAAGACGCAGAGGAGCCAAGGGAUACCAGAAAGGAUAAAAAGAAAAAGAAAAGGCAUAAAGAUAAAGAUGGAAGCAAAUCUUGCCGUCAUCAUAGGCAUGGCAGCGACAAGCAUGUCACUGACCAAGAAACUGAUGCUCGUAACAUGGAUCAUUCCUCCUCGUUGAAAAUGAAUGCAGUGUCUCCAGAUAGUUCACAUAGUAAUAUCACUGCUCCUAUGCAUAGUCCUCGUGAGAGAAUAAGCAAAGGAGCAUUGAAAUCAUCUAGCCCAAGAGGUUUGCAGACAUCCUCCAGAAAUCCAGACAGCAGUUGCCUACCUCAUUUACACCCUGGCAGUAGUCCUUCUGAUUCAAUGUCGCUACCAAGUCCACCACCUGUCAAACCAGGACAUAGUGCAAGAGAGCUACCGGAGUCUCAGGACAGCGGCGAGUCUCCAGACGUGAAAAAGAGCCGUAGUCCCCAUCCAUUGGCCGCCUUGGCUUCCGAUGCAGCUGAAUCUGCUGUUCAGAGUCUGACAACACAAGUGCCACCAUCUUCACAUGAAUCUAUAUUUGAGGAUAUUACUGAGGUGUCGAACCUGAGUGCUCCAGAGACCAAUACUGAAGUGAGUAAUAGCACAACAAACAAGGCAUCUCGAGCAGUUAUAUCGCAAGAGGAGACACUUAAUGCAGUUGCAGGGCUGUUGGCCUGUUAUGAUGGAUAUAGUGAUGUAGACGGAGUAGCCCCAGCAGAUGAGGAAACGAUGCUACCCCCUGACACGUCCGCAGUUUCAGAAGAUGCAUCUGAGGAGGCUCAAAAAGCUGCACAGAUGCUUCAGUGUGAAAUGCCAGGGGAGAGAGAGGAAAGUUGGACACAGCAGCCAGCACACACUCCUUCAGGUGGCCAAGCUAAGCCACCUAGUGUUGAUGCAAAUGCUCAGCUUUCUGUAACGCAAGAGGAAGAGGAAGAACAAGAAUCCACAAAUGAUAACCAGAGAUUCUCACAAAUGUCACCUGAUAGUCCUGCUUCGAUGCAGUCGGAGCCUGAGCUUCAAAUUGAUGAAGACCAACUUGAUCCUGCCGACGACUUGGAAACUCACGCUUCAGAAAACUUGAAACUAGAAAACCAUGUGCAAGAUGAAGACAGUCGCUCAUCGCUGCACGAUACAACGUGGGAAAAUAGUUCUUGUAAGUUGAGCCCAUCCAAAACUCCUCCAGGUAGAGGAAUGACUGAGAAUCUGAAACAUGUGAUAGAACACCAAGGCUCACUCAGUGAAAAAUUAGAUCCACUUCCAGAAAAAGUUAAAAAGGAAAUGCCAGAGAAAAGUAAUCAGACUAAAAGGAUGUUGCCCGUUAUGCCAUCGGUUGUAUCAGCUGCUGUCACUGCAGCAACUGAUUCUAGUAUUGCUAAUAAGUUGGGAUUAAAAUCACCCUCGGAGACUGAGUAUGGAAAAUCCAAGUCAGUGGACCCCGCCAGUUCGGUAGGAAAGACCGUGAGUCAGAGCCCCAAGCCUUCAGGUGGGCUUUUACGAGGCGUAACAGAGGUUACUUCUCCCAAAUUAGAAACAAAAGUAGUUGUGGCUAAUAGUCCAUACAACCCACUUCUAACAAAAAUUGUGCCCUUAGGACCAAACUCAAAAUCUGUGGUUUCAGGAAAGCCCAUCUCGGAAACUGCUGCUACUCACACCAGUGUGUCAUCUUCCAUAGUCAGUAAGGCAGAAAUAAGUGAAACUAUGAGUGCUGUUUCUACUGAGCAAAGGGAUCUUUCUGGCAAACAAAGUCAGACAAGGUCGAGUUCAGAAAUUGUUUAUACUGGUGUAAAGCCACCCCUUCUCUCAAGUACUGCAUUACAUCAUCUUGGUACUGGUAAACCAACAACACCACUAGUUACUAGCAAGUCCUCUAGCUCAAUAUCGAUGACUACACCAUCUGUAACUAAUUCCAGAAGUGUGACCACGACGACGGUUUCGUCACCUGUCUCUGUCACUAGAUCGGUAACUUCGGCUGCGUUGACAUCGGGUGGACCCGUAACUCUGUCCACUACUGUUAGCAAAACCGCAGUGUCCAAUACCACUAGCAAAUCCACGGCUGGUUUGUCAUCAGAAAAUACCUCGUCUGCUGUUCCCAUUACUACUUCAGCUGAGAAGUUGAUUACUGCUGCUACCAAUACAGGGAGUCACAUCCCAGUUGCAGUUUCAUCUUCACAGACUGUUGUUACUCCUGCUAAAGCUGUGGCUAGUUCAGAAGUGUCCCCCUCUGUAUCAAGUAGUGUACCCAUUCCUACCACCACGCAGACUGUUACUACUGCUCAUAUGCCUGUGUUUACCACCACUUCUGCUCAUAAACCUUCUACUCCUCUGUCACCAAAUCAUUUGCAAGUAUCGACAUUCAGUUCUAAGCCCAUGAUAUCUCACAACUUUAAAUCGGGCAGCAUUUUACCUUUUCAUGUUCAAAAUACUGGUCUCCCUGGUUCUGCUCACAACUCGGAAUCAGCAAGUCAAAAUCGUACUCUUGGUGUAAGUCAUAAUACUCAGACUCAAAAACCUGCAUCCUUUCAUGUUGAAACUGCAGAAUCUCCAGUGGUGUCUUCGCCUUCCACAUCAGUGUCUUUAUCUUCUAGACAUUCAUCUCUCAAACUUACUACUGCAUCUAGUCCAAUGCCUGUGCCUUCAUCAGUAUCUGUUCCAAGCCCUGUAAAUUCAUCAUUAAGUUCGGCGCCAUCAUCUGUUGGAUCCACUGUGUCAACUUCACCACCUGUGUCAUCUAUACCUACCACAUCCAUAUGUGCCCCAUUGACUACUACUGCAAGUACUCCCUUGAUACCACCACCACCACCAACUUCAACUUCUGCAUCAGUGCUCCCAAACGCUGGUUUGAAUGUGCCGCUUUCAACCUCCUCCUCGGUGUACGAACAUCAAUCCUCACCAACAAUUCAGUCAAAGAAUUUGGACAAACCAUCAACAACAGUGUCUGUUGCUGCUAGUGUUUCGUUGCCAUCAUCUGUUUCUUCUGUUGCCAGUACACCUGUGGCUGUAACUUCAUACGCUUCCUCCAUUGUAUCAUCCUCUCCUACAGUUGCCUGCAGUACUAUAUCAGAGUCAUCUCCCAAGACCCUAGUUCCUUCCUGCCAGUCAGCAGGGUCUGAAGUGCAGAGUACUAUUACAACAACUACUACUACUACUACAGCUACCAUCAACACUGAUGUAUCUUUGCCAGCUCACAAGACGGAAGAGUACCCUUGUGUUCCCAUAUCAGGACCUUUGCCCACAUCUGUUCCAGUUGCUGCAGUUGAACCAAAAACAGCCACUGAACCAAUGGAAGUGGAUACAGAGCAUGGGGAAAGUAAAACUAUAAAAUGUGAGCCACAAGAAGAAAAGGAAAAGAAAUGCACCAGGGACCUACCCAGUGACAUAAAACCCAAAAUCAUCAAAGAAGAAAAAGAACUUCCUGUUGUGAAGAAUUCUGAUUGGAGUUGUAAGAAUGUGUCUAAACAGGUGACAGAAAAUCUACCUGCCGAUGAUGUCGUUCCUAAAAAGGAGGUAAUGGACAUUGCAAAUGCCAGUGGAACACCAGUUGUUGAACAUGCCCUAGCCAAUCUUGAAACUAUAGUCAGUGAAACUGCUGCUCAACCUCGUGCUGAAGAUAUUUCACAUCCACCAACUGAAGAAGCCUCUCUCAUCAAUAACAAGAAGCCUAGUGCUCAGUUGCAGCCCUUACAGGCCUCAGAACCAGUCCCACUCCAAGAUGAAUUUGCCAAAUUAGAGCAAGUAUGCUCUGAAAUUCAGAAUGAAAACAAGAAUGUGCCUGAAGCCAUUUCAUCCAAUGAAGAUGUCAUAGAAUCAGAGGAGGUUUGUAAGACAGAAGAGAAAGUGCAAGAACGUGCAGCUACAUCAUCCCGUGGUAGAAGACGAGGUAGGGGUAGGAGAGGCGGUAGACAACCUGUUGAAGUACAACCAGAUGAUGAAAAUUCAUCCUUACCUUUAACCAGGUCUGGAGUAUCCAUCCGAGGUAAAGGUCGUGGACGUGGCAGACAGACUCGGAAUAGUGAAAGUCAGCCGGAAGUUACCGAAGUUAAAGAGACUGCACUUACUGAACCUCGUAGAAGUAGUCGGACAAAAAGAGCACGAUACCAUCCGGACAUGGUUGACCACGAUGAAACAAGUGGUCGCAGGCGCAGAGGAAGAGGUGGGCGAAAUGCACAAGUAGAAGACAGUCGUCCAUUACGAACAACAUCAGAUGUGUAUGACUUUCAUGAAUCUGAAGAUGAAGAUCUCAAUCUUGCCCUUAACAAGAGUUCAAAGAUCAACAAGAAGGAAGGUGCCAGAGCUGCUGCUGGUCGUAGCCCAGCUAAAGUUGAUGUAGAAGAGGUGACAGCCAUAGAUAACAGCACUGACGCUCGAAGUGGAGCAACUCCUGCGGUCACGAGAAGAUCUGGUAGAUUAAGAGACAAAGCAGUUGAUGAUGAAUCUAGUAAUACUAAAGAAAUUAUGGAAGACCAAAUGAAUAAUGAACCUAUUAUUGUAUUAGAUACAACCACUUCUUUGCCAUCUGUGCCACCAUCUGUUACUCCUGUGGUAGUACCAAUCAACACACCAAGCUUGCCACCAACAACAUUAGUAUCUCGAGGUCGAGGUAGAGGCAAGCUAAAAGAAACCGAAGUUGAUGAGGAGGGUCUGCUUAGAAAGAGCCCUCGUGGACAGAUUCGCCCUGUAGAUUCUUCACUAGAAAUAGAAAAGCCCACUGGUGUUGCAAUAAAGGGGGUUCCAGUUUCAAGCAUUUCCUACAGUAGUACUUCUGUGACAGCCAGUCUUCCAACUGUCAUAACCACAGCUGUUACCACUACAACUCCUGCAACAGUUGUGCCAGUAGUAGAGGAGAGGAAAUCUGAAGCAGAGUUAGUAGAUCCAGUGACUGGUGUCGUAACUCGUGUAAAAGUUUGCGUUGAAGGGCAGUAUGUCACAGAUAGUGGUGAAGCUGCGGUAGUACCAGUUUCUCAGGCUCCUCAAAUUGUAGAUCACAAGCAAAUUCCAGAAGUUAGUCCGAUCAGUACUGUGGUUAAUUACGGUAGUUCUGGUGUGAGUAUAGUGAAUGUGGGCAGUCCAUCUGAGAAACCGAUGCAUGCGGGUCCCACUAGCGUUGGACUUCGAACAGGAUUAACCAUGACAGUUGUUAAUAGUAGUAAUGUCGGCAGACCUAUCAUGAGUGCUGGAAGAAUAGGGAGUGAUGUUAGUGUAGAGUUGGUGAGCAGGCCACGUGCACCCAUCCAAGUUGGCCGACCUGCUGCUGCUGGUGUUGUGUCUUUACCCUCUGUUGCAGUGAGUAACACAAAUCCUAUAAAUUUACAAGCUUCAGCUGCAACUGCAAUACCUUCAUUACCUUCCUCGGCUCCUUCAUUAAUGACUCCAUCGCAGUCGCCAAUUCGGGCAGCUGUGCCGACAGUUGUCACCUUGAGUGGAGGGUUACGUCCAGCUACUACCGUACCUCUGUACAUAACGAAAGCAAAGACUGUCCCUGGACAACCCCAACAACCACCCCAGAUUCAUGCACAUUCUCAGGCUCUACAACAGUUGCAACAACAUCCUUUGCAGCAACAGCAACCACAAGUAAAGCCUGCACCCUCAAAGCAAGUUCCAGGUCCAACUGGCCCUGCCAAAAUGACUAUUGUGAAUCCUGUUAUCAAGGCAACUGGAGCUUCAGGUCCACCAACAACUUGUUAUCCUCCAAAGACCCUGGUUCCUUCUCAGGCUGGUCCUGGGCCUACUCAAGUACAUGUACGUCCCACUGUGGGUCCAAAACCAAAUGCCCCCAGUGCUCCACCAAAGCAUACUGAUUUGCAAGUAAAAGGGGGUUCAAUGGGUCCAUAUGAAGCAGCGCACAGAGUUGGCACUGCAGUCGACGAUGCCGCACACCACAGAAUAUACAUGGAUGAACAGCGCGGAGUCCACGGAGAAUUCGUCGGCGUCAACGUCCACCCUCGUUACCCAAACUCUCGUUUUUUGGAACCGCCCCGUGUGGACGUCACCAGACUGACUGGUUCCUCCCCCUCGGCAACUUCACCUGCUGGGCGACCACACGAACCUGAAUCCCACAAUCCGCCUCACCACCCAUCAGUGCCUGGUUAUGAUAGGCAUGCUGUUGCCGCUGCUGGCGUUACCCACAGUCAUAAAGGGCCUGCCGUUGUUGUUGCUGCUGCCGCUGCCGCCGUUGCUGCUGCUGCUGCUGUGCCUGCAUCCUCUGCAUCCUCUUCUUCUUCCUCUUCCUCCUCCUCCUCAUCCUCCCCUUCCGCUUCCUCGUCCUCUGUCACUGCCGCCCCCAAGGGCGGAAUGCCCCACCAUUAUUACCGUGCAGGAGAUGUAGGAGAGUGUCAGCAGCAGCCUGUGGCCCUCCACCACCCUCACCACCCAUCGCAGCUCAAGGCUGCCGGUGGGGGUGGGGGCUUGGUUGUGGGAAGUGGUGGGGGAGAGCAUUAUUUGACUUCCCCGCCCCUCUCCACACCCCCCUCUGCUCAUACUCCUCCUCCUGCUCACCAGCACAUGUUGCAGGAUGAGAUGAUGUUAGGUGUAAGGGCACAGUACAUACCUCAUGUAUACCCAUCGCAGUAUUACGGCGCAGUAGAUCCGCGCAUGUAUGGUAAGAUAUCUGGUGAGAAGAUAAUUACUCCAAUACCACUCGAUAUGAAGUUGGUUGAAAAGAGUGAGCCUGAGAAACACGAACCUAGUACUGGUAGUGGGGGAGGUGGAGGAGGCAGUGGUGGAGGAGCUGGUACUCCUGGCCCACCCCCUGAGUUUGCUGGAAGAGGCAGUAGUGGUCCAGCCAAUCUGGCUCCACGAGGACAGUCCUCUCCUCACAUACUGGCAUCUCCCCAUCAUGAUCGUUCCACAGACUCCCCACAGGUUGCCAUGGUAUACAACCGUUUAUAUGACCGUUACUACUAUCCUGGUCGCUCUGCUACGCCUAGCGCUCCAGGAGCCGCAGAACACGAAGCAAGGAGUCGCAUGUCUUCUCCAUCCGCAGUAGCGGCACCCCAUGUUUACUCAAACAUUCCAUCAGCUGAAGUCCAUCAUCAGCCUAUGGUACAAAUGUCUUCCGCACAGCAGUUUGCCACUCAGAUUCCACCUCAGUUGCAAAUGCAGUUACAGCCAUCUGAUAUGACUUGGGCUGGAUUACUGGGACUGAAGCAAGACCAUGCAGCAGUUCAGAUGUAUUACGUAUCUGGCUGUAGUGACGUUGCGCGUGGUGCUCUGCCUGUCCACCCAGAUGGAACAACUUCCCCCAUAAGAAUUGGACAAAGAAUGAGACUGGAACAGACUCAACUUGAAGGUGUAGCCAGGAAGAUUCAGAUGGAAGCAGAACAUUGUAUGUUGCUGGCUUUACCUCAUGGACGUGAUUCGUACGACUUUAUGCAGCAGCAGAAUAAUCUUCGGAAUGGCAUAAUAAAUUACUUAGUUGUUAAACAGGCCGCAGGAAUUGUUAACGUCAUUGCUCCAGGCUCACAUCAGCCUGCAUAUGUGGUCCAUAUCUUUCCUCCUUGUGACUUUGCUAAUGAAAAUUUAGCUCGCAUAUCGCCAGAUUUGUUGCACCGUGUUGCUGAGAUAUCAUAUCUGUUAAUUGUGAUUGCUACAUGCUAAUUGCCUGUCAGUGACCCUUCUGUCAAGAAGUAUUUUAACCGACUUAAAAAUGUUGCACCAGACUCAAAAAUGAAGCCUUGCAUGUUGACAAAUAAGUUAAGCUACUGUAAUUUAGUACAAAGGUAUACCACUUGAUCCCUGAAACAAUGCAGUUAUUCCACGGAAAAGGAUUUGCAUAGAUCCAUUACUUGACGAUGUCAAUCUUGACAAAGAGGAUUACAAAAAACCAGAAAUUGUCCCCUUCCCUGUUGAAAAAUGACAGAUGCCUGUUGUCACCGAGUUGGACAUAUCGUUGAGAUCUACUGGACGUAAGUUAUAUUGGCUGUGAGAUUAUAUUCAUGGUCAUGGAGUGAAGUAAUGUCAUAUAAAUAUAUAUAUAUAUAUAUAUAAAUAUAACAAAAAAAAUGUUCUUUAAUGAUGUAGCAGCUAAUAAGCAUUUAUACAUGUUUCCACUACAUACACUUAGUCUCAAUGCCAGCUUCACACUUGCAGACAGUUUUUAAACACAGCAAUUUCAAAACUGUCCUUUAAAGUUAUCCAAUUUAGUGGACGUAGGUAGAAAAAUCUUAAAAAAAGUGAAGAUCUGUAAAAUAUUUAGUUGAAAGUCUUUGAACUUUUAUCCUUGCUGCUGGAAAAAUUUAAAGUAUGUAAAGGUUUUGUUAAGCCAGAUAUUUCUUUCGGGUCUUGUUGCUACUUGAACAUUGGAGAAGAUUAAUUUUCACAAAAGUGUCACAUUGAAUUUUGUCUCCAGGAGGAAUUGCAAGGCCCAUUUCUUAUCAAUUGUCCAGUGCUACAUGUUUUCUCACUAGUUGAACCAUGUACGUAAGUUACAGUAUGUCUUAUGUCCCUGUUUCCCUUCCCCUUGAUAUUUUCAGUGCUGAAACUUAUUUGAAGCCGUUUUCCUCAGUAUGAAAGUGCUAAUUGCUCAAAUUCAUGCAAUUUUUAUAUUAUUAAUAAUAAUGCUUAGAUGAAAAUCUUGAUGUGGAACAGUAGACAAGGUUCGUUGGUCAUAAGAUGAAAAUCUCUUAAAUAGUUUUCAUUGUCAGUUGAAUGCUGUAGUCUUUACUCUAGUAAUCGGAAUGGUACUUACACAACCUGGUAUAAUAUCAUAGACUAAAAACAUUGUAUGUCAGGUGGAAAAAAAAAAUUGGAAAAAUUUUUCAUUACCUUGAAUAAACUUGCUAUAUAGUAGUUCAUAAGCACAGAGUGGAAUGUCAGUGUUUUAGAGGUAAAAUUUGAUAUCUUCUGUAUUUGUCAAAGAAAGAAAAAAAAGUUUGUAAAAUGUGUGGACGAAGUGUACCUUCUGAUUCAAAGAACAUUUUGAGUUUAUUGUAAGGAUGGUGGAUUACAAUGUAGAUAUUAUUCAUUAUAAUUAUUGUAAUAUAGAUAUUAUUGUCAUUAUUAUUAUUAUUUUAAUAGUAAAAAAAAUUGAGCCUCAGAAAGUAAAAGAAUUUGUAACUACUAGACAAAAUCGUUGUAUUUGAUGGAGUUUUUAGAGACUUGCUCUUAGUUGUAUUGUGGUUAAUGUGUAAAAAAAAAUGGCAUACAAAAUCACCAGAUAAUGCUGCUUAAUGCAGCACAUGUAAAUACAAGACUCGCCGGGUCAUUUGUAAACGAGCCUUCAGCCAAGCCUGUCGUGGUGCCCCAAGGCUAAGUGAAAGUAAAUGUGGCUGAGGUGUUAUGGCUAUGUCUGGUGCGGUGAUGAUUCUUCGCCUCCUUGGACCCUCUGGACAUGAAGCCAAAGACACACCAAAAAUAAAAAAUAAAAAAAAAAAGAUAAAAAUUAUAUAAAAAUAUAUUUCACAAGAGUGAUGUAUGUGUUGUAUAUAUAUAUACAUAUACAUAUAUAUUUUGCUAAACACACGCUGUGUGAUUCAAAUAGCCUUGGGCCCAAUGGUGCCUCUAUGCUGCCUAUGUUGUUUAGAUGAACUUGUAUUAUAUUGUAAAUAUGAACAUAUUCAUACUAAAGUUUUUUAUACUGAUCAUUGUGGUGGGUUUGUACUUAAAAAAAAAAUGAUAUUGGGCAGCCACAGCCACCAUUAUGAAGGUGAUCACUGCAGAGCUGUUCAUCAGAAACUCUUGGUGUCUAGUUCUGCAGAACCUAAAUAUCUGUAUAAAUUCCUGUAAAUAGUAGUAUAAACCUGGGGUGGCUAUUUAGUAGCCAGUUGUUAAUAAAUGUACAGAGAAAUAGCAUAAUGUCAUUCUGAUUUAUUUAUAUCAUUCUAUCAUCGUCGUUGUCAUCACCGUUUCACUUUCUGUGCCAUUCAUUCAUCCAUUCAUCCAUUCUACUCUUCUACGUUCAUCACUCAUCAAUCAUUCACACACAAAAUUGAGCAUCUGUGGGUUGCUUAGAAGACGAAGAAGAAGAAGAACAAGAAGAACAACCUUUUGAGGAGGUGAAAUCACUAUCUUCAUUCUUUAGCUUCGUUCCUUUUGAAAUCUAUAUAAGUGGCUAUGAAUUCCCACGCCCCUCAUUCUUCUGUCUCAAUCUUUAGCACAGCCCUCAGGAACCUAUUAUUAUCUCUGCUGCAGCACUGUUAAGUUUUGGGGCAAAGCAUGUGUGUAUUGCAUGUACAAAUUUGCCUUUCCCCUCAUUUCAUUUCUUUUCUACAAAGCGAAGAAGCAUUAGUGGUGUUACGACAUUGCCGAGAAGAAUUAAAAUGAAAAUACUAUAAUUAAAAAAAAAUCAUCCCCGUUUUUGCCUCAUUCUUGAAAUGAAUAGGUGUCAGACUGAUUCUCAUAUUAUUACUAUAAUAAAUAAAUAAGAGAGAGUAUGUACAACAGAAUAGGCUAUUAGCUUCUAUUGGAGUCUAAAAUUAAGGAUAUACUACAGUAUGGUCUAAGUUUGAGUUGUUUUCAUUUUUUGCACUUAUUUCAGUUCCUCAGCUGAAUUCACACUAUUGUAUGUUUGCUCAAGAGGUUAGCAAAAUUCUAUUUUCACUUUUAUUAUGUAUAUGGCAAAAUAUAUUUUUGAUGUACAGUUUAAAAUGUGAAAGUGUUUAAAUGUAAGCGUACUUGUUAAGUGUUGCAAAAGAGAUAUGGGAGUGUGUCUGAGGCGUUUGUAAAUAGGUCUAAAACUUUUAGGCUGUGAUCCUCAGUUCUCUAGAAGCUUCUUUGGUCAGAAAAGUUUAUUGAAAGUCCAUUGACCAAUAUAAGUUAUUUCAAAACCCAAUAAAGAUACAAGAAAAUUAAA